GAGUCAGAGCAGAUAACUAGAAAAUAUCAUCCCAAAUCAAUAACCAAUACAACAUAGUUAAAGAAGAGAUCCGGAGCUUCUCUUUGGGUUAAAAAGAAUGGAUCAGAUCCAUUAUUCCAUCGAAAAUGAAAUGCAAGAAAGGUGCAGGGUAGAUAUAUAUAGAAAAUUUCAAGGAAACGGUGCUCUAUGCCAAAUUGAAGAGGGCCUUUUUUUGGGUUCCUUGGGUGAUGCAAGCAAUAAGGGUGCAUUGAAAAGCUCCAAUGUAACGCAUAUCUUAACCGUGGCUAACCUAUCUCUUCCUUUGUAUCCAAAUGAGUUUGCUCAUAAAAUUAUCGAAGUCAUGGACAGGGAAGAUACGAAUCUAAUGCAGUAUUUUGACGAGUGUUUCAGCUUCAUCGAUGAAGCUAAAAGACUAGGUGGUGGUGUGUUGGUUCACUGCUUUAUGGGAAUAUCUAGAAGUGUGACAGUGGUUAUUGCUUAUCUAAUGAAAAAGCAUGGUAUGAGGCUUUCUCAAGCUUUGGAACAUGUAAAGCGUAGACGACCUCAAGCAUCUCCGAAUUCUGGUUUCAUUUUACAGCUGCAACAAUUUGAAAAAACCCUUCGAGGUUGAUCAUUGUUCGGUCACUUCCCUAGGCCCUUGAAGUUCCAUCUGUUGCGUUUGAGUGUAUAGUUUGUGGUUUUUGCUUGCUUUGAUUCUUGGUGAAUUCACUAUAACUUGGACUGAACUUUGUUUGUGUGACUCUUUCUUGUAAUGUAGGUAAGGAAUAUGAAAAGACUCGGCUCAAUCGGUCUGCGUUAGUUUGUCGGUCCAUUUUCUCCUUCUUCAACAAAAAGCAGUGAGAAGAAAGGCCUGGCUUUUUGGCAUUGUUACGAUGCACUCGAUAAAGAUGCUAGUAUAUUGUGUGAUGGUUAAAUGUAAUCAACAUAUACUAGCCAAAUAAACAUGAUCCAAUUUAUUAAACUAUAUAAAUUGGAACAUACAAUAAUAGAAUGGAAAUUUUUCUCAAUUAAAAUGUUAAUAUAUAUAUGAAUUUUUUAUAAA